AUGAUUAGGUUAAAAGUGUUUUUCAACAUUUCUUCGAAAGGUAAGGAGGGUGUAAUGGCUUCAUCAGAUGAAGGGUACGCUGACCCCUUUGUUGGCAUACAUGAGCCAUUUGCUGGCUUGACUGAAAUGGAUUUUGAACUCCACAACAUUUACAUGGACCACGAACAAGAGGAAGAAUUUGUGUCCUCACUUGAUAAAUGUAAGGAUAUCUUCCUAAAUGUUCUAAUAAGUGAUGAAAACCUACGAAAUUCUAGUAUGGCAGAUGAAAUCAGAGCACAAGUAUACCAUGCUACUGAUUGGCAGAGUGAUGAAGAUGAAUAG